GUCCUGGUUGGCUGGACUCGGGGUUUAAGAAAGCCUGUCCGCCCGGUAGUCGGAGCGGUGGGGGGACUCGACGGAGAGAGCUUCAGGCGGAGUGAGUGAAGCUGGUGACGGACACCGAAAUACCUCCACGACGGCUAUCCAGACCUCCUUAAAACGAGCUUCAAUGAAUAAACUUCACCCGUAGAAGUCCAUUUGUGUCCCACAGAGAUUGAACAAUGUGAUUGUGAUCGGAGGCAGCUGCACUCCAAUGGUCCAGGACCUCACCUAACUCAACUAGAAUGUACUUGAUGAAUGUACCUCCUGUCGCAGUGACGCAAACAGAAUGGAGAACGUGUGGCCCACCUGGAGGCUAUAGCCUUCCAAUCUGCUUCAAUGACUCUGACCCCGAGUUGUCUACCAGAGGCACCCCUAUCUCAGACAAGGUCCAGAUGAUCAUAGAGAGCCUUAGGAGCACCCAGUCCUCACUCGAGAUGGGCGACGAGAUCGAGGGAAAUGUGCUCCCAGGACAGGACGGUCAUACCCAAGUGUGCAAGGUUCCGAUGGGAUCUUACGUGGGGGCCAAGUCAAAAACUAAAGGUGCCACUGAAAACCCACCAGCAGAUGUUUCCUCCCCUAUGAAUCAUGAGACCAGUGACUCUGACAGCGAUGAUUCAGUGGAUAGAGGCAUCGAGGAGGCGAUACUGGAAUACCUGAAGGAAAAGGAUGGUCACAAACGCAAGGCGGAACCAUGCUUCACCUUUCUCCAGUCAUCCAAAAUCCCCAGGAAGAACCCAUCUGUUCCUGAAGUUUCCAAACAGAACUCUGACAGCAGCAGGUUUUUGAUUGCUAACAAUCAGUUUCCAAAAAGCGAAAAAGUAGAGACUCCUCUGGUACCAGCUGUUAUCCCUAUCAAAAAGUAUAUCAAACAAAAGGCCUCCUUAGAUGAAAACAGCAUGCUGAAUUUGGAUUCACACAAAACUGCUCAAACCAAAAGUUUAGUCUUGCCCAAAGAGCAGACACAGAGCCCCUCCAAAACCAUCAGCCUCCUCAACAAAGUAAAGUGCUCCGUCACGGUCAAAUUGGAGGAAGACUCGAAUGAUUCUAGCAGUGACGACGGCAUCGAGGAAGCCAUUCAGAGAUACCAGCUCGAGAAAAAGGAACAGCAGAACAAAAGGGAAGCUUUCAUUCCCCACGAAUUCAGCGAGGAGUCAGACUCCACUAGCGAUGAUGGGAUUGAAGAAGCUAUUCGUUGCUACCAGCUCGAGCAGCUCAAGGAGAAGAGAGAAGUGAAGCCAUUCUUGCAUAAGCAAAAGACUUUUAGUAAGUCGUUAAUGCAUGCUGUUGGAAGCACAAGCGUGGAAAACAUGAAGAAGCGCAAGCUGAAUAAGAAGAAAUCCAGAACAGAGAGAGAAGUGAAAACUACUCAACCUCUUCCUGCUUCUGUUUUCAUACCCAAGGAUACGACUUCAGAAGGUUCGAAGAAUAAAGGAAAUGGAUUACUUUUGUUUAAAAUGGAGAGUUUUAAAGAGCAGGCUACUCCUACCCUCACCCCUCCUAAGGCUAAUACUACUGCAGAGCUAAUGUGCGCCGAGGCGAUACUGGAUAUUUCAAAAACUGUGAUGCCCGAGGCCUUUCAUACGAGUAUUGGCCUCAGCAGUUGCGCCCCCUCUGAGUCCUCCAUGCAAUCUUCUCUUCCUGACAUCGGCCAAGACGAAGAAAGCGAUGGCAGCUCCAUCGAUAGUGAAGACGGGAUUGAGCAAGAAAUCAGGAAAUUCCUUGAGCAGAAAGCCCAAAUGCACAAACCAUCUCCCGACUCUGCUACAACUCAAGAGCCUCAAUGUUUAAACAAACUAGAAGAAGAGAAAGAAAAGCAAGUAGCAACCCCGAAGAAACCUCCAAGGUUGUCUCUGACACAGAGGAGGAAACAAAGAGAGGAAAACACGACCAACACACCAGUGACGGAAAACAAAGUGAAAGAAACAUCGACUAAGCCUUUACCAGAACACAGAAAAGAAUCAAGCCAGAGGAGUCAAAGUGGUGACAAAAGCAGCUCACUUGACAGUGACGAAGACCUGGACACUGCCAUCAAAGACCUGCUCAAGACCAAAAAGAAGUCAAAGAAGAAAACGAGAGACUUAAAGCUGAAAGCAAGGAAGUGCCUCAAGGAUGAAGGAGCUGCGUUAGGAGACGCUUCACAGCCUAAAAAGUUAAAACCUAAUCCUGCUUUCAAGCGCAGUGCUUUGAAGAAAGUACAAAAGGUUAAGGACGACAUGAAAAACAAGCCCGGGUCGAGUAGAAACACCUUUUUACAACAGAAGAAAGCUGAUAAAAGUAAAGAGCAUGAUUCACUCAAAGUGGAAACGGCAAAUUUGAAAGCACCGGCGAGUCAGGACACCCUGCUGCUGGAUACCGAGACAGCCCUUCAGAUCAAGGAUGAUAGCAGCUCAGUUGACAGCGAUGAUAGCAUUGAGCAAGAGAUCAGAAGGUUCCUGGCUGAAAAGGCGAAAGUCUCCACUGCAGAGAAAAGUAAAGAUGAAGAUGUAUCAAGGAACGGCACUGAUGUGGUUUAUCCCCUUCUCCAAGCAAAAGACAUUAAACUGGAAAAUCAGCUGGCUGAGAUUCCAAGAAGAAGUACAAGUCCUGACUCUGGAGAGUCCCAGAAGGAGAGUUCUCAGGCGGACACCUCUUCCAGCCGAGUACAGUUGCAUAUGUCCUCGGUCCUGCCCUGCAGCUCCAAUCUCCUGGAGCCAGCAGACGGGGCGGGGGCAGCUAGAACAGAGCAAAAGCAGCCUAGCGCUGGGAAAGGUGACGUCCCGGAUGUCACACCGCAGACUGAAAGAGUCCGGCCCCUUUUGACUUCUAGCGUCGCUCAUUCUCGCUCAGAGUCCAUCAAGUGGCGCCAAAGCCUCGGACUCCCCACUACUGAUGCUAGGACUCUAAGUCGGACUCCAUUCCAAAUCACCUCGCAUCGAAUCAACGAGACUUCAUCAACGACUGCGCCACAUCAGAGCGGGAGCAUCGCCCCAAAAUCACAGACUCCAGUCACUGCUUGGUCCUCUGCAAGGACCAGUAGACCUCCUUUGACCUCCUCUGCAGAGACGACUGCAAACACAACGUUCAGACCUUCUGUUUUAAAUCUUUCAUCUCUGGCCAGGCAGCAUCCGAGGAUGUCCUUUGUGCCUGACAGGUCCCAGUGCCCCAUAGAGGGAGAGACAAAGAGUAUGGUGCACAUAUCUAAAGACAAGAGUGUGUUUGUUGAACUGGAAUCUAACAGGACCAACCAUGUCCAGGUUCGAAGCAGGGAAAGAAGCGAGGGAAAGGAGGGAGCGGACAUGCUGAGUGAGAGGAAAAGAGAAGGAGAGAGCGUGAAGAUAGAUGACAAGGAAGUGCACCUAGAAAGAAGAGAGGAUGAAUUUGUAGAUGAGGCAGAUUGUGAGUCAGGCAGCAGGAGAUAUCCAGAGAAGAAGCAGGGCUAUCCCACAUUGUCUCUGUCCAGUGCCAUUGACCCUGGCAUCACCAUCAGACCUUGCAUAGCUCUUACAACAGAGGAGAGAAGCAGGAUGUUCACCAGGAGGUACCAUGCUGAAAAAAGCAAGAAGGUACACUUAUGUAGCAAUGUCAUGGACAGGUUUCCCUUCUGUAUUUUCAUACCUUAUUACACACUCUUGCAGGGGGUAUCUUGUCUUGGUAAGAUCCCUGUGUGGAACAAAGCUAUGCAACAUGUCAAGAGAAAGCUGCAGUUCGUCACAGCUAACAGGGAAAAUGAAGCACCACGUCACCCCAACAAGCCUGCCCAUGAUGUUUGAUUUUCCAGUCUUUGUUGUUGUAUUCAGCACUUUCUACAAUGUUUAUUUGAAGGGUUUGACAUUUAAAGCUGUUAGCAAGUUCUUUGUUUUAUAAAGUACAGUACAGUACAUGUUUUGGCCCUGUUCUCUGGGAUGUUAGAUAACAUUCAUCACUGGAUACAAGUAAUGUUUAAGUGCACAGUUACUGUUAGUGAAGCCAUUAAAGGGCAUUUUUAAUUUUUGAAGUUUCAGACUAAACUACUCCAGGUCAUCCUUUGGUUCACAGCCAUUAGUUCUGUUUCCAAGUUGUUGCUGAAGUACUAGAAGUUACUAGUGUGACUGUUUAAGUCAGUUGAAACUUUAAGAACUCACUGGUUUUUGCUGGACCUCCUAAUAAACAGCACGUGUGUUCACUGUUAA